AUGAAUCAAUACUUCAGAACCCUAUCGAAAAAAGCCGUCUUUGUCGCAAUUGCCCUUUGUGUAAACAACGAGACAAAAAAAAGGCUCAAGUGCGUAGGAAUCGUAAAUAAAUUUGGUCAAACAAUGACCAUAAAUCAGCUUUGUCACGAUGGGAGGAUUUUAGAGAAAAACAUGACCUUUCCAAAACGUUACAUAAUUUAUGAAGAUAGCCUUACAUUAAAUUUAGGAAGAGGAAAUGAUUUUCAAAGCUCUCAAAGUAACGACUUCUCGUUGAUAAAGUGUUGUCGACAGUUAAAUAAAGUCCGAAGUGUCUUUAAUUUUCCAAGAAUGGCAUUAUGUCAUUCAUGA